AUGGAAUCUCUUGUUUCUGCAAACACCAAAUUUUGCUUUGAUCUUUUCCAAGAGUUAAGCAAAAAUGAUCGUCUUAAAAAUAUGUUUUUCUGUCCUCUGAGCAUCUCAGCUGCCCUUGGUAUGAUCCGCCUAGGGGCUAGAAGUGAUAGCGCCCGUCAAAUCGAUGAGGUACUACACUUCAAUGAACUUUCCCAGAGUGAAAGCAAGGAACCUGACCCUUGUCUGAAAAGAAAUAAACUAGAAGUGCCCGCUGACAGCUCUCUGGAAGGGGAAGAAAAUACAAAGGGGUCUCUUAAUCUUCAGGCCAAGUCCUCAAAGGAUGAGAAUCAACUUCUCAGCUGCUACUUUGAGCAACUUCUCUCCAAAUUAGACAGGAUCAGAACUGAUUACACCCUGAGUAUUGCCAACAGACUCUAUGGAGAGCAAGAAUUCCCAGUCUGUCCGGAGUUCUUAGAGGCUGUGAUUAAAUUUUACCAUACAACUAUUGAAAGUGUUGAUUUCCGGAAAGAGACUGAAAAAUCCAGGCAAGAGAUCAACUUCUGGGUUGAAUCUCAAAGUCAAGGUAAAAUCAAGGAACUCUUCAGCAAAGACACUAUCAGUGAGGCAACUGUGCUGGUACUGGUGAAUGCUGUCUACUUCAAGGCCAAGUGGGAAAAGCAUUUUGAUUGUGAAAACACAGUCGACGCACCUUUCUCUCUUACCGAGAGUGAAAAGAAGAAUGUGAAGAUGAUGCAUCAAAAAGGUCUAUUUAGAAUUGGCUUCAUAGAGGAGCUGAAGGCACAGAUUCUUGAAAUGAAAUAUACCAAGGGGAAGCUCAGCAUGUUUGUCCUGCUGCCGACUUGCUCUGAAGAUAAUGUGAAGGCUCUGGAGGAGCUUGAAAGGAAAAUCACCCAUGAAAAAAUAGAGGCUUGGAGCAGCUCAGAAAACAUGUCAGAAGAAACAGUAGCCCUCUCCUUCCCCCAGUUCAUCCUGGAAGACAGCUACAAUCUCAAUGCCAUUCUACAAGACAUGGGCAUUAAGGAUAUAUUUGAUGAAACGAAGGCCAACCUUACUGGAAUCUCUCCAAGUCCCAAUCUGUACUUGUCAAAAGUUGUCCACAAGACCUUUGUGGAGGUGGAUGAGUAUGGCACACAGGCAGCUGCAGCCACUGGGGCUGUCGGCAUGGCAAAGUCAAUGCCACGUUGCAUUGAAUUUAAUGCUGACCAUCCUUUUCUCUUUUUCGUCAAACAUAACAAAACACAAACCAUUCUCUUCUAUGGCAGGGUCUGUUGUCCUUGA